AUGACUAGUUUUUCAUCUAAUUCUUCCGCAAAGCCCGGGGCAGAAGGAGCGGCUGUCAAGAAUUCAUCAAAAGAUGAGUCUGGGAGUGACAUAAAUCCUCAUAUUCCGCAAUAUAUAUCCAAAGCUCCUUGGUAUCUUAAUAGUACUCCAGGCUUGAAACAUCAAAGACAUCGUGAAUCUAUAAAGGCUAGUAUAGAUACUUGGCAUAGACGUGGUGUAAAGUCAGAAGUAGCCAUUAAAUAUCGCAAAGGUGCCUGCGAAAAUUGCGGAGCAAUAACUCAUGAUAGCAAAAGUUGCGUAGAACGGCCGCGAAAGAAGGGAGCAAAGUAUACCAAUGCAGAUAUAUGUCCAGAUGAGUACAUUGUAAAGGAAGAAAACCUAGGAUAUGAUGCCAGUCGUGAUAGAUGGGCUGGUUUCGAUCCAGAUUCUCACAAAGUUAUCGUAGAUGAAUACCAAGAUAUAGAGAAGGAACGUGCCAAACGUAAAAUGAGUAAACUAUCUGGUAAUAACGGUGGAGAUGAUGAUAGUUCUGACAGCGAUUCCGAUGGUAUAAAAAUGGGCGAAUUCGGAGAGAGCGAUGCUACAUUUGGCACAAAAGACUCGAAUACUCGUACAACUACGAGAAAUUUGCGUAUAAGAGAGGAUACAGCAAAGUAUCUUAUAAACCUGGAUUUGGACUCUGCAUUUUAUGACCCAAAGUCGCGAUCCAUGAGAGGAGAUCCACUAAUCGGUUUAAAGAAUGCACAUCAGCAUUCUUUUCGUGGAGACAACGUUUACUUUAAUUCUGAGGAAACCUAUAAACCCAAAGAACUUGAAGUUUUUGCCUGGGAAACUCACAAAAAAGGUGUAAAUCUUCACUCGGUGGCGAAUCCUACGGAGCUGGAAUUCAUGUAUAAAAAAUCCAAAGAUGAGCAAAAGGAACGUCUGGAAAAACGGCGUGGAGAGCUUAUUGAACAGUACAAAGCCGGAGAAUAUCUAGAAAAUUUCAAAGAGUUACAACAUUUAUCAAAGGUUUCCUCUUCAGACAUUGUACAUUCAGACAAAAGGACUGUAGAAUAUGACGAAGAAUCCAUACUUGGACAUUCACAAGUUUGGGGUUCACAUUAUGAUCGUGAAAAUGGGUCUUGGGGCUACAAGUGCUGCCUUUCCACCGAACGGUUUUCAAAAUGCACAGCUUAA